AUGCUACAGCCAAGAGAGCUCAGCCGUAUUCAAAGGGCCCUGGAUGGCUUUAGCUCGGACUCAGAGCCCCCAUCACCCUGUGAUAUCUUCAAAGAAGCAGCGGAGCCCACAGAGGCCCCCAGUGAGGGGCACUCAUCGCGGGGCACCGAAGCCGAGCCUGCAGCAGCCAAGGGAGCAGCGGCAGCAGAUGUAGCAGCUACUGACUCAUCAAAAGCCUCAAGUGCGGCAGUAGACGCAGCAGGGGACGUUGACGAAGACGAUGAGGAUUUCAGCAUCCAUGCACUGCUGAGGGAAGGCCGCCGCCAACGGCGGCGCCCUGCUCAGCAGCAGCAACAGCAGCAACAGCAGCAGCAGAACGAGAAGUGCCCCAAGGCGUCGUUUCCUCCCGUGGAACUGGCUUUACAGGAAGCAGAGGAGAGAGUCAGCCAAAAGAGAAAGCAGCAAGAAGCAGAGCAAGCGGCAAGAGCAGCAAGGCUGGCGGGCGAUGAAAUACAACACGUGCCUGCUGCAGCGCCAGCAGGGGGCCCCAGAAGGACUCCUCCGAAGAAGCAGCAGCAAGUGUACGUGGGCCUGCCAGUGGGUGUGGGCUGGCACGUGCCUCUUGUAGGCAUUGAGGGCCGCGGCGGUUAUAAGCCGUCUGCGGAAGAACAAACUGCAGAAAACGAAAAACGGAGCAAAGAGACGGAGGCACGUAAGAAGGCUUUGACAAUCAAGGAACGCGAGAAACUCAAGCGGAAGAAGGGCCAGUCCUCGCAUGCAACGUGGAAACCGGAAACGUGGAUGCAGUUGCGGCAGCAAUACGACUGA